AUGGAUGGCAGAGUAGUUAGCGUGGUCAGACAGACCAGGUCAGCAACGUGCGGGGAGCGAGGUACCGAAGGAGCAGACAGAGAAUGGUCAGGGUCACAAGCUGGGUUCAGUAACUCACGGGCAGCGCGGUACAAAGGAUCAGGCAGAGAAUGGUCAGGGUCACAAGCCAGGGGUUCAACAGGAGACGGUCAGCAGAGGUCAGGAUCAAGCAGGGCAGAGGGACAGGAACACAGGAUACAAGGUACAGGGGCUCAUGGGAAAACAUACACCAAGGCCCUGAUCACAGGCCUGGUCAUGCCUUAA